AUGGAUGAGUGGUUUGGGGAUUACUUAAGAAACCGCCCUAAUAUACCACGACCUCCUCCGCCUCCUGCUCGAGCUAAAGAUGAAAUGCCGCAAGGUAUGGCACCUGUGAGAAUUGGUAAGGCCUUAGUGGAUAAGCUUAGGAAAUAUGGAGUCGAAGAGUUUAGGGCCAUGAUUGAUGACAAUCCGGAACGUGCUGAGUUUUGGCUUGAGAAUACCAUUCGGGUUCUCGACAAACUGUCGUGUACUCCUGAGGAGAGUUUGAAAUGCCUGGUGUCGUUAUUGAAGGACACUGCAUACCACUGGUGGAAGACUGUAUCCUCAGUGGCACUGAGAGAGAGUAUCACAUGGAAAUUUUUCCAAGCUGAGUUUAAAAAGAAGUACAUCAGUCAAAGAGAUUACCCAGAGCGAGCUGAUAAAGAGGUUGAAUUAGCUCCGAAGCCGAUCGCUCCUAUUUCUCGAGGUAGACCUCUGAGACAUCCUAGAAGUGCAAGCGGUAGUUUAACCGUUGCUAAGGAUGCUACUACAAAAUUAGAGGCUCGAGUCCGCAAGUAUAUCGAAUUGAAAUGCUCAGGUGAUGAGAUCUCUGAAUUGAUUCAAGUGAGUUGUACUCCACCGGUUGUGAUUUCCUCAAUGAUGGCUCAAAGGGUAAGCAUCAAGAACAAGUAUCUGUUGCCUAGGAUUGACAACUUGUUUGAUCAAUUGAGGGGAGCCACUGUGUUUUCUAAGAGAGAUCCGAGAUCCGGCUACUACCAGCUGCGAGAUGAGACCGAACAUGCCGAGUAUUUGAGGACUGUUUUGCGGACUCUACGAGGCAAGCAACUUUAUGCUAAAUUUAGCAAGAGCGAUUUUUGGCUCUGGGAGGUUAAAGCUGAACACCAAGUACCUUCAGAUUUGUUACAGACUGUGAUUGUCCCCGAAUGGAAAUGGGAUAGAAUUACCAUGUAUUUUGUUACUGGAUUGCCAUUGAACCGGAAAAGAAAGAUGUUAUUUGGGUUAUAG